AUGGAGGACAGUGCUGGUGCUGAGUUUCCAGGCUUCCAAACUUGUGCUCACAAAAAUGACACCAAUAUUUUCAGAAGGCAUUUGAGUCAUCGGCUGCAAAGACGAGCUCCUUGUCCUCUUCAGCUAAACCCUAAUAACAAUGUCUCUUCGGGUUGCAGCGGUUUGCAGAACUCGGUGGGGAGCAGCUCAAAUUCUUCUUCUUCUUCAUUGAAUUCCUUCUAUCAGAGCAAAGAUCCCAUUCCCCUACUCUCCCCUCUAGUGUUGCUGCCUUAA